GAGCUUAGAUUGUGGCUGGCUGCAUGCCUUACAGAGCGCACUUGAUAUCCGAAAGUCUCGGUGCUCGCAACGGUCAGAAAGUGAUUUUCAACCACCGCGCUCAAUUCGCGAUUGAACCUUUGAGCAGUCACACGCACUGCUCCUCAGACUUAUCCGUCCAUCCUCAGUGUUUUAUUGAAGAAAAUAUUCUUUUUUUUUAUUUAAUUCAAUUGAAAGAAAAAUUUCAAGUUUCGCGGAAAAUUCCACAAAAGGAAAAAAAUCCUUCAACGUUGAAGGAUUUUUCUAGCAGCGCGAAAGUGCUUCCUUUUUCCACCCAGGAAGCAAAAACGAAUCAUUAUUUUGGACAAUUAAUUCGUGCAAUUGCCCAUUUCAUCAUCAAAACCCCGAAAGUCUCGUGAUUUUCUCCGUAUGGUGAUUAAAUGAGAAAAGAAGAAAUAAUGAAAUCGUGCUCAACCAUUUGUUUUUAUCCCUUCUUCAGCAAAUGAAACAAAUUUUACUACAAAUAUCUACCAUUUGGUGACAAGUCCACUGGAACGGAUUUUUCAUCACCAAAUUGGUGGACAAACCUCUCGCUUGUUUUUCCCCCCUACAUCCAUAUACGAGACCGAUUCGCAAGAAAGAGCUUUUGGGCAGAGACGGUGCUGCGAGUAGUGGAGUUGUUUGCUUUUCUUAUUAAAAAACUUCCGAUCGUGAACUGCAAAGGAUGGAUUUUACUUUUUGAAUCACUCAAAAGUGCCUGAAAAAACCCCUUUUUGAAAGAAAAUUUCCCCUCAGAGUGUUUAGUGAUCAACCCCUUUGAGACAAAAGAAAUCUGUGAGGAAAAUUAUUGGGGGAAAAUUUGUGCUGAAAGAAAACUCUAAAUUUCCUCCCUCUGAGAUCAAUUCUUGCGGAUUUGUGAGUGGCUCUUUGAAGUGAUUAAAGAUUUCAGUGAUGUCGUGUGUUGGCGUUUUGUGGUGAGAAAAUGAUAAAAUAGACUCAUUAGGAGAAAAUCUCAUCAACACAAAAACCCUUUCUAGUGAAUUUGGAUUCAAAAUUUAGAAGAAGAAUAAAAUGGGAUUACACAAACAGUACCUGAAAGUGGGUCGCAAUGCUCGUGAUCAGCUCUUUGGGAUCCCUCCGCGUGAUGGAAAAUCCUCCUCAGGAGGACCAACCCCUCUGUCCAUGCUCAUAUCUCAGGGUGUUAAGUUAAACAGCAAUCGCGUGGCUGUGAUAAUAAUAGGAAUUAUAACACUUAUAAUUGGAAUAGUUUUGUCUUCAAUACCAUGGUUAGAUUACUGUAUUCUUAGGAAUUUAAAACUUUGGAAUAAUACGAUAAGUUUUCAAUACUGGCAACGACCGGGGGUCGUACGACUGACAAAAGUUUACAUCUUUAACGUCACAAAUCCCGAAGGGUUUCUCAAUGGGGAGAAACCCAAACUCGUUGAAGUGGGACCAUUCGUCUACAGGGAGGACAUGGAGAAGACGAAUAUAAAAUUCCAUGACAACUACACAGUCACAUUUCAACACAAGAAAAUACUUCAAUUUGUUCCUGAGCUCAGUGUGGACAAGAAUCAAAGAAUAGUCACACCAAAUAUACCCCUACUGACUCUUUCAACCCAAAGCAAUAGUUUAGGAUAUUUUCUGGCAAAGACAAUUUCACUCAUGUUAACAGCAGCAAAGUACAAGCCAUUCAUUGAGCUUACGGUGGAUGAAUUAGUUUUCGGCUAUGACGAUACGUUGGUCAGUUUAGCGCACAAGUUCUACCCUCGAAAUAAGAGGCCCAUGUCCAGGAUGGGCCUACUCAUAGCUCGAAAUGGUACACUGCCGGAAAUAUCAACAAUCUACACGGGUCACACGGGAAUGGAGAAGUUUGGCUAUCUCAAUCGCAUCAAUGGGCUCGAUCACCUGCCCUUCUGGAGUGAUCCUCCGUGUAGGAACAUCACAGCAUCGGAGGGAUCACUUUUCCCCCCAAGGGACAUCACAAAGUCCGAUAUUGUCUAUGUGUAUGAUAAGGAUAUCUGCCGUACGCUUCCGCUCAUCUACAGAGGACCCGUAGUUAAAGAUGGAUUGGAUGCUGAUCUGUACACGAUGCCAGAUGAUGUUUACGGAGACGCCAAGAGCAAUAGCAACAACAGUUGUUUCGACACCGAAGACUACGCUGCAACGCGAGGUCUUCAGAAUAUCAGUCCAUGCCAAUAUGGUGCUCCAGUUUAUAUUUCACACCCUCACUUCAUGGAGUCCGAUCCAACGCUCCUGGACAGCGUUGAUGGACUUAGUCCCGAUAAAGAACUCCAUGGGAGUUACUUCAAAAUUCAACCUAAAUUGGGCGUUCCAUUGGAAGGAAAAAUUCGUGUACAGUUGAAUUUGAAGGUGGAAAAGUCAAUUCACAUUCAAUCGGUUAAGAACUUCAGAGAUUUCGUCUUCCCAAUUAUGUGGCUCGAGGAGGGGAUAAGCGAGCUGACUCCACCAAUUCGAAGGUGGAUCUACGUUGCAACGGUUUUUGGUCCAACCGCCAUUCCAAUCCUCUCAUACAGCCUCAUUGUAGGUGGCGCCUUUUCGCUCGUGUUCGUCUUCGUGCGCGCCUACAAGAACUUCGUGGCUGAUCCUGCGGUGGAGAUCCUCGAAAUGGGACGUCGAUCGCUGCGUCGUGGCAACAGCUACAUUGCCCAGCAGCAGCUACGGCUGAAGAAUCGCGACAGCUACACCCUCCUCAAGGUUGUGAAUGACGCCGAUUCUCCGGAUUCCUCACCAACGUGAUCAUGGCCGAUCGCGAUCUUUAGUCGUUUAGCGAAGAACCUCCUAAGUUAGCAAUGUCUUCGAUACUCUCCCAACUGUCUAGCUCUUACGGGACAUUCUCACCGCUCAUUGAUCAUUAAAAAAAUCGAUCAGAAGAUCACAAAAAAAAAAUUGACGGACGCUUCAAAACGAAAACUCUCAAUUCCAGAGUUGAUGACGCAGUAAUAAAAUAGAUCCAAGAUGAAAAACUUUUCCACAGAAAAAAUCAAAACAAAAAAACUUCGAUCAAUUGAGUAGUGUUUUGCAUUAUAUUAAUUAUUAAAAAUCAUUUUGAUUUACAUCGAAACUAGUCAAAGAUGUUGAAUUUUAUAUACAAGUGAUUUUGAUAAUUUUUUAAUGAAAUUGACUUAAUAAAAAAAUAUACAUUGUAUGUUAUCAAUUUUAUGCAAAAUUUUUAUCAGAAAAAAAUUUAAAGGACCAUUUAAUCCUUUGAGAAUAUUCUAAAUUUAAUUUUUUAAUUUUUUUUUUUUUUUGAAAAUUGAAUCUUUUUGGGUGCAGAGUUUGUAAAUUUUUUAAAUAAAAAAAAAGUCGAAAAAUACCUUUAUAUUAAUGACUGAAAGAUAUUAAAAAAAAAUAUACAUAUUUCAUAGGUUUUAAGGAAAAUUUCAAAGGAGCUGAAUCUAAUUGGUGCUUAAUAUUAGAAAAUAAAAAGUAAAAAAAGAAAUACAAAAAUAUAUAUUUUACAAUAACUAAGGCCUUUUAUAGUUGAUCAAUAAAAUUGUGCAUAAAAAUUUUUUUUAUUCAAAAUGAAAAAAGAAAAUGAGAUUAAUUUGAAAAAAAUGAAUGAAACGUUUUAAAAAACUAUUUUGGACAAAAAAUCAUUUUUCCUUUCAGGUUCAAUUUUUAUGAAAGAAAAAAUUUUUUUUUAAUUAAUUUUUUUUACCAAUGCCUAACCUAAUUAUUCGUACCAAAAUAUUAAAAAUUCAAAUGUUUUUUUUUAUUUAGUAACUUAUUGGAAAAUCAAAACAUAAAAUACAAAAAUUUCUUUUAAAUUAAAAUAUUUUUUAGUUCAAAAAAUAACUAAAUUGAUAAGAAACUGUUCAAAAAUUAUUUUUAAAAAAUUUCAUUAAAUUGUUUUAAAAAAAUCAUAAGCCAUCAGCAAAACGAUGAAAAGAGAUAUAUUGGACUUAAUAUUAAUUAAAACGUCUUCAUCAAGUGUUCAGGGAAACAUUUGAAUUUUAUCAAUUUAUAUAUAGUCUAUUGAAAAGAAAUUAGAAUAAAAUGUUUCAACUCUGAUGUUCAAGAUAUUUUUUUGGAAAGAAAAAUAUCAGAAAUUCUCACUAAAAGUUUUAAAUUAAAUAUUUGGGAUUAAAUUAUUCUUUAAAAAAAUAAAAGAAACUUUAAAACCAGUGCUAGUUUAAAAAACUUUAUAUUUUUUUUAUGUGAAAAGACAAUACGCUCAUUAGUCUCUAGCCUAAUGAAAUAUAUUUUAUUUUAGUUCCAUAAUAUAAUUUAGUGUUAUUUAAAAUUUAAAAAAAAAGAAAAACAAGAAAAUUGUAGAAUUAAGUGAUUUUUUUGUACUCAUGGGGUAAAAAGUUUUUGCAUCUUAAUGCAAAAUGUUUAGCUUUAAAUUAUUUUUUUGUAGUUUAAAAGAAAAAUAAGAAAAAAGCAAGUUCAACUCGAUGAUGGUGAUUCUUUAUUUAAGUUUAAAAGAAAACUCAUUGCGAAAAUGCAUGAAAAAUUCCUCUUUUGCACGUUAAGAAAAAUAAGUUUUGCAAGCUUUUGGUGGAAAUUUUUUUUUAUUUCCUUCUGACACACAAAUCGAUAAGAGAAAAAAUUCAAAAUUAAUAUGAAAAUCUUAUUUAAAAAAAAAACAUCGAACUAUCACGUGAGAAUAUCAUUAUGCUGUGAUUGCGUGUCUUCUAUAAAGAAAAAAAUGAAUAAACUUUAAAUUAUAAAUAUGCAAUUAAUUUGUAAGCUGUAGUAGUUUAAGAAAAUGAAUGUAAAUGUAAAUUAUUAGUUAGAUAUUCGAAAAUGCAACUUUUUGAUAAAAUUAUAUAAAA